AUGCGCCUCCUUCAGCUCGGAGCUGAAAAUAAGCUCAUUCUCACGCCGGAGUUCACACACGACAUCCCGCCAUACGCCAUACUCUCCCACACAUGGGGGGGAAACGAAGAGGAGGUUGUAUAUCAGGACAUCAAAGAUGAUUGCUUUCAACGUAAGCCUGGCUACCAGAAGAUCCUCUUCUGCGGUGACCAGGCUCGACGCGACGGUCUCGAAUACUUCUGGGUAGACACGUGUUGUAUUGACAAGUCAAGUUCUGCCGAGCUUACAGAAGCGAUUAAUUCGAUGUUUCGAUGGUACCAAAACGCUCAGAAAUGCUACGCGUACCUUUCCGAUGUCUAUUGUGACCAUGGUUUGGCCGACGAACCGGCUCGAUCGACGUGGAAGAUUGAUUUUCGAAAGAGCAGAUGGUUUACUCGUGGAUGGACGCUUCAAGAACUCAUCGCUCCUGCUGUGGUGGAAUUCUUUUCUGCCGAAGGCCACUUUCUUGGCAAAAAGACUACGCUAGAGCAACUGAUACACGAGAUCACGCAUAUUCCUAUCCGUGCUCUGCUGCCGUCUUGCCUUCAGGAAUUUGAUAUCGAAAGUCGCAUGUCUUGGGCGACCAAUCGAGUUACGUCUCGAGGUGAAGAUAAGGCAUAUUGUCUAUUUGGUAUUUUAGAUGUCACAAUGCCCUCGAACUACGGAGAAGGAGAGGAGGGGGCGCUCAAGAGGUUGCACAGGGAGCUAGUAGUCGACCAGGGUCGCCUAAGCGAAGAUACACAACUUCAAGAAAGCAUCAACCAAUGCCUAGCUAAUCUCAGAAUUUCGGAUCCCAGAGACGACAAGUUACGCAUUUUGUCAACGAAAGGCGGGUUAUUAAAAGACUCGUUCCGAUGGAUUCUUGAGAACACGGACUUCAAACAAUGGCGCAACGAUAAAAACAGUUCUCUGCUCUGGGUCAAGGGCGACCCUGGCAAAGGCAAGACCAUGCUGCUCUGCGGCAUCACGGACGAACUGGCGGGUCUAUCAACAAAUCAGCCCACGAUCUCAUACUUCUUCUGCCAAGCUACUGACAGAAACCUUAACAACGCCACAGCUAUACUCCGCGGUCUUAUAUACAUGUUUGUCAGGCAAAAUCGUUCCUUGGCAAGAUACCUACACGAAGAAUGGAAAGUGGCUGGGUCAAGACUGUUUGAGGAUGCUAACGCAUGGAAUGCAUUAACGCGGAUCUUGACUUUGAUGCUACAAGAUCGCCUGUCGCACGAAGCGGUAUUCGUCAUUGAUGCGCUUGACGAAUGUUCCGAUGAUCUGCCUAAACUUAUUAACUUCAUCGUACAACAGUCCCGAAAGGGGAAUGCAAAAUGGUUAGUGUCCAGUCGUAACUGGCUUGAGAUUGAGGACAUGCUCAGCCCCGCCAGCCAAAAAGUGCAGCUCAGUCUAGAACUUAAUCAAGACUCUAUCACUACUGCAGUCAAAGUGUACAUCCGCCAUGAAGCUGAAGAACUACGAUCAGCUAAGGGCCUCGAUAGCAACAAGUAUAACCACGUUGUCGACUAUAUGAACACCAAUGCAGACAAUACAUUUCUUUGGGUAGCUCUGGUCGUUCAACGGCUCAAGGACGCUAAGGUGCGAGCCAGAAAUAUCCUUAGUGAACUCUACCGUUUCCCCCCUGGCCUUAGUGCUCUCUACCAACGAAUGAUGAACUUGAUUGAAGGUUCCCUAGAUGCCGAGCUUUGUCGUGAGAUUUUGAGCAUUGUGUCAACCACUUAUCGACCUGUGAGCAUUACAGAGUUGUCUUCAAUGGUGGAACCUAAGUGCUUCGAUAACUUGUCAGACUUGGGAGAGGUUGUACAACUCUGUGGGUCCUUCCUUACCGUUCGCGAUGAUAUUGUCUAUUUCAUUCAUCAGUCGGCAAAGGACUUCCUGGUUACAGAAGCAACAGACGUCGUGUUUCCGCCUGGAGGCGUUCGCGCGAAACACGGGGCUUUAGCAGACUUGUCACUUAAACUUUUAUCCCGACAUCUCAAACGGGAUCUGUACGAUUUACAAGACCCUGGUACAUUUGUCGAGGACAUCGAUCCACCAGCAUUAGACACGCUCGCCCCGCUACGAUACAGUUGUGUGUUCUGGGUUGACCAUUUCCUCGAUGGACGAUCUCACAAUAGCCAGCAAGACAUGUCGGUAAUUCAGGAAUUUCUACAUCAGAAGUAUCUUUACUGGCUAGAAGCUUUAAGCUUACUAGGUGCGACAGUUCUCGGGAUUGCCUUGGUUACGAAGCUUCACAGAUAUGCGAAGGGUUAUUACGGGAUGGAGGACCUAGAAGAUUGGCUAUCUGAUGCCACGCGGUUUUUCAAAUACAAUAGGGCUGUGAUUGCUCAGUAUCCACUUCAAGUCUACGCGUCCGCACUUAUUUUCAGUCCUACGAGUAGUUUGGUGCGACGAAGAUUCUGUAAAGAAGAGCCAACAUGGCUAGCAUUAAAGCCGAGGGUUGACACUCAGUGGAGUGCCCAUUUACAAACACUCGAAGGCCAUGUGAAUACCGUCAGUUCAGUAGCGAUUUCGCCCGACGGCCAGUUCGUAGCAUCGGCGUCAGGGGAUAGUACGGUACGGAUCUGGGACGUCGAGACGGGCGCAGAGCAGCAGGUGCUUAAAGGCCAUACAGAUCACGUCACUUCAGUAGCGAUCUCUUCUAACAGCCAGUUUGUAGCAUCAACAUCAGGGGAUCAAACGGUACGAAUCUGGGACGUCGAGACGGGCGCAGAGCGGCAGGUGCUUAAAGGCCAUACAGAUUCCGUCACUUCAGUAGCAAUCUCGCCAGACGGCCAGUUCGUAGCAUCGGCGUCUUGGGAUAAAACGGUACGGAUCUGGGAUGUCGCGACGGGCGCAGAGCAGCAGGUGCUUAAAGGACAUACAGAUUCCGUCACUUCAGUAGCGAUCUCGCCUGACAGCCAGUUUGUAGCAUCAACAUCAGGGGAUCAAACGGUACGAAUCUGGGACGUCGAUACGGGCACGGAGCAGCAGGUGCUUAAAGGCCAUACGAGUUCCGUCACUUCAGUAGCAAUCUCGCCCGACGGCCAGUUCGUAGUAUCGGCGUCAGGGGAUGAAACGGUACGGAUCUGGGACGUCGAGACGGCCACAGAGCGGCAGGUGCUUAAAGGUCAUACGGAUUUCGUUACUUCAGUAGCGAUCUCGCCUGACAGCCAGUUUGUAGCAUCGGCGUCAAGGGAUAAAACGGUACGGAUCUGGGACGUCGAGAUGGGCGCAGAGCAGCAGGUGCUUAAAGGCCAUACGAGUACCGUCAUUUCAGUAGCAAUCUCGCCCGACGGCCAUUUCGUAGCAUCGGCGUCAGGGGAUCAAACGGUACGGAUCUGGGACGUCAAGACGGCCACAGAGCGGCAGGUGCUUAAAGGUCAUAUAGAUUCUGUUACUUCGGUAGCGAUCUCGCCUGACAGCCAGUUCGUAGCAUCGGCGUCUUGGGAUGAAACGGUACGGAUCUGGGACGUCGAGACGGGCGCAGAGCAGCAGGUGCUUAAAGGACAUACAGAUUCCGUCACUUCAGUAACGAUCUCGCCCGACAGCCACUUCGUAGCAUCGGCGUCUUGGGAUAAAACGGUACGGAUCUGGGAUGUCGAGACGGGCGCAGAGCAGCAGGUGCUUAAAGGACAUACAGAUUCCGUCACUUCAGUAGCGAUCUCGCCUGACAGCCAGUUUGUAGCAUCAACAUCAGAAGAUAGAACGGUACGAAUCUGGGACGUCGAUACGGGCACGGAGCAGCAGGUGCUUAAAGGCCAUACGCGUACCGUCACUUCAGUAGCAAUCUCGCCUGACAGCCAGUUUGUAGCAUCGGCGUCAUGGGAUGAAACGGUACGGAUCUGGGACGUCGAGACGGGCGCAGAGCGGCAGGUGCUUAAAGGUCAUACGAGUACCGUCACAUCAGUAGCGAUCUCGCCCGACGGCCAGUUUGUAGCAUCGGCGUCAAGGGAUAAAACGGUACGGAUCUGGGACGUCGAAAUAGCCGUAGAGCGGCAGGUACUAGAAAGCGGUCUUGCAGACAACCUGCAAUUUAACCUUGAUGGAACACGACUUUUCACCAAUAUAGGAACAUUUACUUUUACACGACCCGACGAGAAUACGUCUGUUCGGGGUCAUAGUAGCAUUACGCAUCAGCAUAUUACGCAGGAUGCGCUAGCACUAGCUAGGCAAUAUGAUGGCUUUGGUAUAAGUCAGGAUUCACGCUGGAUCUUGUCUGGCGAUAAGAAUCUUUUGUGGUUACCUUCUCAAUACCGUCCCGGUCGAUCAGCCAUAUCUGGCAAUACCAUGGUUAUUGGUGCCGGUAGUGUCUUGAUCAUGCGAUUUCGAUAG